GACCGACUUCCUCCCUACGAUCGAGUCCCCGUCGCCCUCGCAGCCCGUCUCCUCGUCACCAUGCAUCGCCAGUCGGUUCUACGGCUGGUUCGCCAGAGCGGAGGUCUCCCGCUGGUCGAAUUGCCCCCGGCCUACCUCGCCCCGUCCCUCCAUUUCUCCCUCAGCCGGUCGACCGGCCAGUGCUCGAACUUUUCCUCCACCGCCGCCGCCGCCGCUCGUAGCCAUGGCCGCGAUCUCAACAAAGUCCGCGGUGUGUCCGCCAUCCACCGCACCGGUCCUCGGUUCAAGCUGGGCGUGCACAAGUACGAAUUGCCCGAGCCCGUGUCCCCCGACGCGAUCGGGAAGCGCGACCCCAACCCGGACCAUGGCCUCUGGGGCUUCUUCCCCAAGGACCGCACAGCCAUGAGCACCCCGUCCUAUGACAACGAGCACGGCCGCCCGUGGUCCAUCCAGGAACUCCGCGAGAAGUCGUGGGAUGACCUCCACGCCCUGUGGUGGGUCUGCAUCAAGGAGCGCAACCGCAUAGGCACCUCCGACCUGGAGAGAAUACGACUGAAGGCCGGUUACGGCGAGUGGGAGUCUGUCGAGCGGAACCGCGUGAUCCGUGUCACGCAAAACGGCAUCAAGCACGUUCUCCGCGAAAGAUGGUACGCCUGGGAGGAUGCCCAGCGCCUCUACCAGAACGGCUACCGGCCCCAGGAUGAGGAGGUGAAGGCGGUGUCUGAGGAGACGUCCGAGAAGUCCGAGACAGCAUGAGGGAGAUGAGAGAUCGAUGCGAGACGUCAUUUGAGAUCGGUCCGGGAUGCCCAGUUCCACCGUUGGCCCUGUAUUUGUGUAUGUAGUAUGUAGUAUAAGUUCCCUUUUUUUUCAUUUUAUUUCAU